UCGUCUCGUCAGCGUCACCCGUUUUUGUUUACCUCGCGUCGUGCACGGCAAUAUUUAGCACGUGGAGUAGGAAUCCGGUUCGUUUUCGCAUUUUUUAUGAUUCUGUGAGAGUCUGAAUUCGUCUUUCAAUUUACGUUAUUAAAGCGCCCACAAACAUGGUGAAAAAGAACCGAAUUAGUUCGGACGCUCUGCUGAAGAAGAAAUCACUGCAGGGCGUCAAAAGGCCGAACCCGUUCGAGAUCCAGACGAGCAAAACAAAGUUCAACGUGCUGAAUCGGGACACGCAGACCAACCGGCAGACCGGGCUUUCCGGCGUCCAGCGGGCUCGGGCCAUCGAGAAGCGCAAGCAAACACUCGGCCAGGAGUACCUGCAGAAGCACAAGAGCAACCGGUUCGUUGACCAGCGCAGGGAUGGCCGGAACAUGAACCGGGAGGAGUUGAUGGCGGAGCGCAAGUCGGGCGCGUCCCGGCGAAAGGAGAUUUACAACUUAAACGAUUCCGUCAAGCUGACCCAUCGGGGCCAAACGCUGGAGGAGAUUGAGCGGUUCGACGACGCCGUGGACAACGACAUCGAUUCCGAGGAUGAAGGGGGCCAGUUGGAUGGCGAGUUUACGGAAGCCGCUCAUUUUGGCGGCGGUGACACGGACAACGGCCGGGAUCGUAAAACUGUAAUCGAGGAGAUGAUUGCCGAGUCGAAGAGAAAGAAAGCGGAAAAGCAGCGCGAAAACGAUGAGGUUUUUGAAAUGACCCAGAAGUUGGACAAGAACUGGCAGAGUCUCGCUGCGGUGGUGGGUGGUCACAUGAAGGGUGACAGCGAGCGGCCAAAGCUGGAUGAUUACGACAAAGUUAUGCGUGAGAUGAUCUUCGAGCGGCGCGGCAAACCGGCUGAUAAGCUGAAGUCGGCGGAAGAGCUGGCAAAGAUCGAGCGGGAAAAGCAGGAACGGUUAGAGCGGGAAAGACUCGCCAGGAUGGCGGGUGUGGAAAACGGUGCAAAGGCAAAGCAUCGUUCGGCGGACGACCUGGACGACGGUUACUUUGUGCAACCGGCUGUUGGAAGUUCGGAGGGUGUAGACGUAGACCGGGAGAAUGGUGAAGAUUCGAGCGCUUACGACCCUCGCAACAUUACGAAAGAGGCCGAAAACGGGCACGGUGAUGCCGAGGAUCAGGCUGAAGAGGAUGAGUCAGGUUCCGACAGCGAAGAUUCGGAAGAAGGUUCCGAUGAUGAAGCUGCCGACAAGGACAAUCUCUCGGAUCUGGUUGAAGAUUCGGAUGAAGAUGAGCCCGUAGACAAGGAAGUCAACAGUUCAAAAGCGUCAGAGGAACAAAACCGGCGUUACCUGGCUCAGCAGAAAGAACGCGAACAGGCCGCUGCUGAAGUUCAGUUAGUCUUUGAAAUGCCAAAAUCCUACGAAGAGCUGUCUAGUUUGUUGAACCGUUAUUCGCCCAUCAAGCGGGCGAUCGUUUUCGAGCGAAUUUUAUCGUCCAACAACGGCCGGGUGGUGCAUCUCAACAAAUCCAGAAUGAUAUCGUUGUUUGCGUUUGCCGUUCAGUAUCUGAACGACUGUUUCGCCAGCACUUUGCCGGCAACCGUCAGUGAAGCCUUCGAAACCGUCAGCGGUUUGACGCCGUUUUUGUACGACCUGGCCAAGAUGAAUCCGCGCGAAACGGCAACCUGCUUUCAGGACGUUGUCCGAGAAAAGCAGGAAGAGUUUCGAAAGCGACCCCGCCAAUAUCCUCCGUUGGACACGCUCGUAUUCUUGAAGCUUGUUCCGUUACUGUUUUCCGCUUCCGAUUUCCGGCAUCCGGUAGUGUCCCCAGCGUUGGUGUUUCUCAGCGAGAUUCUAUCCCGCUGCCAAGUGCGUGAUCGUAAAGACAUCACCGCCGGAAUGUUUUUGGUCACCGUCGCGCUGGAAUGCACCGAGCAAUCGGACCGGAUUCUGCCAGCCGCGCUCAACUUUUUGAACGGAGUAAUCUACAUGUGCGCGGAGACGAAAGCGAUUCAAGUUGUCAAAAUAGUGCCACCGUUCAAAUCGUUUGCGCCCUGGAGCAAUCUACUCGUCUUGGAGGAAACAGUCGAGGAUGUUGAAGAAACCAAGUUGAGCCUUCGGGCGGAGGAUUUCGUCACGGGCGCAAUCGACGAUUCGUUCAAGUUGAGAGUGCUAAACACGACCCUAGGCAUGGUCCGAGCCGUCUGCAGCAAGUUGAGCAAACUGGACGGCGCCCAUCACAUCGUGGCCAACUUUCUUCCACAUCUACGCCGCAUCGAUGAAGAGCUUUACCCGAAAGUUCUCCAAACAGCGCUCGCCGACACGAGACAAGCGCUUCAAACCCUUCACGACAAACCGCUGCACUAUCUGGUCGCGCCAGAGAAGAAACCCAAACCGCUUCGGCUGCUGGAGCCAAAAAUCGAAGCCACCUACGAGGACAUCCGGCGGCGUCCCAAGAACCAAACGCUUCCAUUGCGGGAACAACGUCGCAAGCUGCAGUCAAAGGUUAAGAAGGAAACGCGUGCAGCGGCCCGCGAGAUUCGUCAGGACAACGAAUUUCUGGCCAAAAUGCGGCUGCACCAGCGGGUGGCUGGUGAUCGCGAACGACGCGAGAAAGUCAAGCGCAUUUUCUCCGAAGCCACGGCCCAGCAGGGCGAGCUCAAGUCGUACGACCGGAAGGCCAAGUACAAAAAAUAGUGGAAGGAAUGGCAAAUGUAAGUUUAAAUUGUU